GGCAAGCUUUUUGUCAUUUGAAAAGUGAGAGCAACGGAUGCUCUCAGGUGCGCUCUCUCGGCCAUCCCUGAAGCACCUCAUCUCGACAUGCGGAGACCCGCACACUCUCGCCCAAAUCCACGCCCUCAUGAUCCUCACCGGAUCCCUCUCCCACCCCCAAUCCCCUGGUCGCUUGAUAGCAGCCUACGCCAGACUCGGAGACAUCGCCGCCGCCCAGUCCGUGUUCAAAACCACCUCCUUUCCCAACGUCUCCACCUGGAACGCUCUUAUCAUCGCCCAAUCCCGGCACAACUCCCCGGCCGAAGUCCUCCGCCUCUACCACCUCAUGCUCUCUGAUGGCCGCGUCCGGCCGGAUAGCUCCACCUUCACUGUGGCCCUCAAAGCCUGUGCCCAGUUAUUGAACCUCGAAACCGCCGAGGAGAUUAAAAGCCAUGCUUUUGUUUCAGGAUAUGAGCAUGAUGUGUUUGUUUGCUCCUCAUUGUUGAAUUUGUAUGUGAAAUGUGGGAAGAUGGAUGAGGCAAUGAAGCUUUUUGAUGAAAUGCCGAAGAGGGACAUCGUCUCGUGGACUACAAUGAUUACAGGUUUUGUGAACGUUGGAAGGCCAUUAAAGGCAAUUGGGGUCUAUAGAAAGAUGCAGGCAGAGAGUAUGGAAGGGGAUGAGAUUGUGAUGGUCGGCCUGAUUCAAGCGUGUGUGGCGGUGGGAGAUGUGCGGAUGGGUCGUUCCAUUCAUGGUCACAUGGUCAGAUGUUGCAUGAAGAUGGAUGUCGUUAUGGAGACUAGCCUUGUCAACAUGUACGCCAAGAAUGGGUCCUUGGAGCUUGCACAUCUCAUCUUCGAGCAGAUGCCCUGUAAGAAUGUUGUGUCUUGGAGUGCUUUGAUUUCAGGAUAUGCUCAAAAUGGGCUUGCAAGUGAUGCACUACAGAUGCUGGUUAAGAUGCAAGAAUGUGGUCUGCAGCCCGACUCGGUUGCACUCGUGAGUGCUCUUCUGGCAUGUUCACAGAUUGGGUUUUUGAAAUUGGGCAAGACAAUACAUGGGUACAUUGAGAAGAGGCUUGAAUUUGACAGGAUUUUGGGCACCGCAGUGAUUGACAUGUACUCAAAGUGUGGGUGCCUCUCAAGUGCUCAUUCCUUGUUUUCCAGGGUUAGGUUGAGAGACUCAAUAUCUUGGAAUGCGAUGAUAGCUAGCUAUGGUGCCCAUGGUCGUGGUAAGGAAGCCCUUUCAAUUUUUCUUCAAAUGAGUGAAACUGGAUUGGAGCCUGACCAUGCCACUUUUGCUUCACUUUUAUCGGCUUUUAGUCAUUCGGGUCUUGUGGAAGAAGGACGCUAUUGGUUUGAUCUCAUGCUACAGAAGUUUGGAAUUGAGCCUGCUGAGAAGCAUUAUGCUUGUAUGGUGGAUCUUUUGGCUCGUGCAGGUCAUGUUGAAGAAGCCCAUGAACUCAUCAAGUCAAUGGUUAUCAAGCCAGGGAUUGCAGUCUGGGUUGCUCUCCUCUCCGGCUGUCACAAACAUAAAAAGUUGGAGCUUGGAGAAUAUGUGGCAGGAAAGGUUCUUGAGUUAAAUCCAGAUGAUUUAGGGAUACAUGCCUUGGUUUCUAAUGUUUAUGCUGCAGGAAAGAAGUGGGAUAAAGUAGUUGAGGAAAGAAAGGCAAUGAAGAAGAUGGGGAUGAGGAAGGUUCCAGGCUAUAGCUUGGUGGAAGUGAAUGGGAAACUUCAUGCAUUCUUAGUGGAGGAUAAGACUCAUCCACAAUAUGAGAAGAUCAUGGAGAUGUUGGAGAGAUUGGAUUAUGAGAUGAGGAAACUGGGUUACAUUCCAAAGACAGAGUUUGUGUUCCAUGACCUUGAGGAGGAUGUGAAGGAGAGAAUACUCUGUAACCAUAGUGAGAGGCUGGCCAUAGCCUUUGGGCUGUUGAACACAAGCCCGGGAACAAGGAUUGUGAUCAUAAAGAACCUAAGGGUUUGUCUGGACUGCCAUGAUGCGACCAAGUACUUUUCAAAAAUUGUAAACCGGGAGAUUGUAGUAAGGGAUGUGAAACGAUUCCAUCAUUUUAAAGAUGGAGUGUGCUCUUGUGGGGAUUACUGGUAAAUUUCAUUCUUACGAAAGGUGAUUGAGCAAAGAACAAAAUACCUUCAAGCUUUCAAUUAUAUGAGCAGCUGGAAGCUGGUUCAAGUGCAACAGAUGCUGAUCCUCAGGUAACCUGUUAGGAUGAAGGAUAGGGACAGUUGCAAUACAGUGCAGGUAUUAUUUGGAAAGUAAAGAGAUCUCAUAACGUUGUUGGGUGAUUGUGGCAAGGAGGAAGCUAUGUUUCUAAGCUUUGCAGACAAGUCAUUUAAAUUGUUGAGCUUCUGCUUCAAGCAGUCUGCUGACAGCCUGCCAUCGAUCCUGACUUGUAGCUCUUGUGAAUCUUCAUGGCAUACUUUUGUUGAAAACCUUGACCAAGGGCCUCUACUGAGUUGGUACAGAGAGCAGCAUUCUAGCUGCUAGGUGCUGUCCAUUACUUGAAAGACAUAUGGCUUCUUUUCAGGCUGGAAAAAUGGUCAUGGUAGUUGCUCCUUUUACCAGCAAAAAUGAUUUGUCAUUGCUGUUCUAUGCCUACUGGGCUAGAAUUAAGUUCGCAGUUUUUCUGCCUUUUUCCACUUCCCAGUUUUCAGUAUGUGGUCCAUGUCAACUGCAGCCAUAAGACAUUGUUGCAGUGUUUCAUGUGGUUCGCUUUCGUGAUGAAGUUUAUGACUGCCCUUUCUUGUGAAUGCAAACAGGCACUUGGAAUUAUUAGGAUUGAUUGGCAUGUCUGUUGGGAUUUGUAUCCUAAAUGUCAAUCGUCAACAUAUUGAUGAUUGAAUUUUGUAAAUGAAUUGACAAAUUAAUAAAGUGUUAUUUAGCAUUAUUCAUCAUUU